AAGAUGGGCAGGAUCGUCUUCUACGAGGACAAGAACUUCCAGGGCCGUCGCUAUGAGUGCGACAGUGACUGCUCAGAUUUUCACGCCUACCUGAGCCACUGCAACUCCAUUCGGGUGGAGAGUGGAGCCUGGGUGGUGUACGAGAGACCAAACUACAUGGGCUACCAGUAUGUCUUGAGCAGGGGAGAGUACCCAGAGUAUCAGCGCUGGAUGGGACUGAACGACCACCUCAGUUCCUGCAAGAUGAUCCACUUUACCAGUGGGACCCAGUACAAGAUGCAGCUUUAUGAGAAGGCAGACUUUGGCGGCCAGGCCCUGGAGGCCACAGAGGACUGCCCCUCGCUUCUGGAGAAGUUCCGCUGGAGGGAGGUCAACUCCUGUAAGGUCUACGAUGGUUGGUGGGUUUUCUACGAGCACUCCAACUACCGUGGACGUCAGUACUUCUUGGAGAAGGGAGAAUACCGCAAGCCUGGGGAUUGGGGUGCUGCCAGUCCUGCUGUCCAGUCUUUUAGGCGCUUCACUGAAUAA